ACAUCAUAUAUGGAUUAAUAAAUAAAUAAGGAAAUUCCAAUUUUAAUAUGUUUCUAGAAAGGAAAGAAAAUAAAUUGAGUAGGCGAGUACAAACUACAAAGACCUUCCUUCGAACUUUCUAAGGAUGAAUUGCAAGUUUUGUCACCCAUAUUAUCUAUUUAUAACAGGUUAGUCAUCCGAAUCACUUUUGCUUCAAUUUAGCCAUUAAUACUAAACGUUUAUGUCAUCCUUGGUCACUCGCCGUCCAUUUCUGUUAAAUCUGUUCUACGCGGCAGUCAAUAGUUAAGUUUGACUACUGAAAUAGUGAUGUGGCAAUAAAAAAAUUAUUUAUUUUGUAAUAUAUAAGAAAAAUGACAAGAAAAAAGAGAAGAAAAAUCUACGCUCUAACCCCGCCCCUCACUUUUUCUUGUGCUAUUGGCUGCUGCCAUUACUAGAAGACCCGCCCCUAACUCCCCUGCCUUUCUCCCCUGUUCCCAGAAGACCCACUGCCGCCGACUACCGUUACCAGUUGCGAGCAGUUCUCGUAGCAGGCCUGUUUCUCCCAGGCGGGGCCGUUGAUUGCGAGGAGGUAGGGAAGCGAGAAGAGGAGAAGAAGCAUAAACAGAACUCCGACCAUCUCCCUUUCAUCCAUCUCUUGCCAGAUUUGAACGUCGACGAUCUCUGUUUCAAUUGCCACCAUCAAAGUUGUCCGGUCCAAACUCAGUCGCCUCCUCCGUUUUCUUCUCCUUUUUCGUAUGAUUCUUGCUAUCCAUAGAAUCACCCAAAGUUUUGAUUUCACAUUUUAGUAACCAAUUGUAAAUUUUAAGUCGAAUUGAUUUGUGAAAUAGUGUCCUGUUGGCGCAAUCAAGUAUGGUAAAAAAAUGCUUCGAAUUUAGCUAAAGAGCAGACUUCGGAUGUCGGGAAGAUAAUAAAGCCUCUUCCGGUUGAGCCCGUCGUCGUCUGCCUCUUGUCGUCGGCGUCAAGUUCGUUGCGUCUUCAUCAUCGUCAGUCUCUUCUCCAGCUCUGAAUUCGCGGCGGCGACCACAAUUUCGACAGCCUCUCCUACGUCUAAGCCUCUCCUGCGUCUUAGCCUCCCCAUUCGUGCUCCUCGAUUUGUUCAAUCUCCGGUUGGUUAGCGUCGAUGUUGAACCCGAAACUGCUUGGGUCGAGUCCGGCGCAACGCUCGGCGAGGGAUCUGUUUUGGGGUUAAUGGCGUCGGGUUUGAUUUUAGUUUUUCCAAUUUAUCUUUUUUAAUUUUUGAAUUUUUUAUAAUAUAUUAUAUAAUUUUGAAUUAAAUUAUGACGUGGCUGCAAAGGUGGUGUCUAUGUGUCGGUCAGGUUGUUGCCACAUCAUCAUUUUAACAGUCAAACUUAACUGUUGACUACCUCAUAGGACAAAUUUAACGAAACUACACGGCUGGUGACCAUAGAUGAUAUAAGUGUGUAAUAUCACUGUAUUAGUGGCUAAAUUGAAGCGAAAGUGAUUUGAGUGGCUAACCUGUUACAAAUAGAUAGUAUGGGUGACCAAAUUUGCAAUUCGGUCCGGUCCGGUUUAGCAGAUACAGUUAGAUCCCUAAAAAUACCAAACACUCUUCCAGAACCUCGCUCGACCAGAGCAAGGACGAAACCAUGGCGUUUCUAGGCAUUGAUUUUGGUUGCGCAAUUGGAUCUCUCCGCCACGGCCAGUUCCCUGAGAAGGACUGCUUGCUUCCUCUCAUCUCUAAGCUCCUCGGCUACGCCAUCGUCGCUGCCUCCACUACUGUCAAACUCCCUCAGAUAUUGAUCAUCUUGAAGCACAAAAGUGUGAGAGGGCUGAGUGUUGUUGCCUUCGAGUUAGAAGCGAUUGGAUACACGAUUGCUCUUGCAUAUUGUCUGCAUAAAGGCCUGCCAUUUUCAGCUUAUGGGGAAUAUGUGUUUCUCUUGAUCCAAGCGAUAGUCUUAGUUGCUGUUAUCUACUACUUUUCACAACCUGUUGGGGCAACGACAUGGAUCAAGGCAUUAAUAUUUUCUGCGAUAGCACCAACUAUUUUAGCUGGUCGAAUUGAUCCCAUGCUUUUCGAAGCUCUAUAUGCAUCGCAGCAUGCAAUUUUCCUCUGUGCAAGAAUUCCACAAAUAUGGGCCAACUUUUCUAACAAAAGCACUGGGGAGCUAAGCUUCCUAACCUUUUUCAUGAACUUUGCCGGCUCUAUGGUGAGAGUAUUCACCAGCCUGCAGGAAAAAGCACCAAUGAGCGUUGUUACGGGCUCUGCGCUUGGCGUGCUGAUGAAUGGAACUAUCCUGAGUCAAAUACUCAUGUACAAAAAGCCACAACCGAAAAGAGAGAAGAAACAGCAGUAGAGAAGCUCUUUGAUGCAGGGUAAUGCAGUUGUGAUUUGGUGAAAUUGAGAAGGGCGGUUUCUAUACGAAUACAUGUCAGCAGAAAUCAUAGUGGGAAAUCUUCACAGUUAUGGUUGAAUUUAUUUGGCAAUUUCAUGUUGUAGCAUCAAAAGGGUUUAACAUAUUAGCAGUCUUUCUUCUCCAUGGUCCUUUUCGCCAUGUCAUGGACGCUUGAGGCUGGCCUUUGCUUUGCCUCGCAAAAGGGAUAAGCUUCAUGCUCUCGCUUUUUCUUUAUAGUUGUUUGAAAGCAUGGAAGAGGCCGGUGGGACGAAAAGCUACACCGUGACACGAGCUUUCUGUUGGACUGCUUCGUUUUCCUCCUCGACACACUGGUUUCUGUUUGAACAUCAACUGAAGGGCUCAUCGAAAAUUCCGCAAUAGAAAAGUGAUGGAUUUCGUUAUGAUUCGUUCUAAUCAAUGAAAUUGAAAAGC